AAGCAAAAGCCAUCUGGUUCAGCCUCUGGACAAGAAAGAAUUUGAGAGGAGAUACGAGGAAAAUGGCGAGAGGGAAGAUAAAGAUAAAGAAGAUAGACAAGUUGACGGCGAGACAGGUGACCUUCUCGAAGAGGAGAAGAGGGCUGGUCAAGAAGGCUCGGGAGCUCUCCGUUCUGUGCGACGCUGAUGUGUCCCUCGUCAUCUUCUCAGCCACUGGCAAGCUCUAUGAUUUCUCCAGCUCCAGUAUGGAGGAUACACUAACGAGGUAUUAUGGUCUUCACUCCAAUAAAGUUGAGAAGCCGGUCCAACCAUGUCUUACACUGGAGGUGAAGAACACCGACAGCGAAAUGUUGCGCAAGGAAGUGCAUGAUGAGGCUUCUAAACUGAGGCAGAUGAAGGGAGAGGAUCUGGAGGGAUUGAAUGUGGAGGAAUUGGAGCAACUAGAGAAGAAACUCGAGGCGGGACUGAGCCGCUUGAUCAAGACUGAGGAAGAGCGAGCUUUGAAUGAGAUCAACAAACUGCAGAGAAAGAAAGCACAGUUGAUAAAAGAGAACAAGCAACUGAAACAGGAAAUAAAGAUGAUUCUACGUCAAGAGAAAUCGGUAACUGUGAACUUGCAGCCGACCCGGGGCCGGUUAGCGGCGUUUCCGACUGCAGCAAUAUCAUCUCCACCUCUGGAUGAUGACAGCCCAAAUCCUUCAAGUUAGGGUGAGCAAACAAGUAGAACUGGAUUCCCAAAAAUGAGUGCGUAAUACAUCUUGAUGCCCUUUAUGUUUGCUUUAAGAUGCUUCA